AAAUAAUUUACCAUAUUAUCAAUUAUUGACAUUAGUAUUUUGUAAUUUACUACACAUUUUCAGUGCAUAAGCAUCAACUGCUGAUGAUGGUUUUAUUAAUCAAUAUCUUUGGUAAAAACGAGUUGCGAGUACCUGCAACAAUGUCCGGCGGAACCGAUAGCAUACAGUUCGACAUUUCGAAUUUCACAGUCGAAGAUCAAUCGCUGAAGAAAAAAUUGAGCGAACAUCACACUUUGUUCGAUGCCAAAAUUUUGGCCAAAACAAUUUCAGUUUCUUUGGAGGAAAUAAAUCUUGAUAAAGAACAGCAGCCACGAAGAGGAGCUCAAUAUUUGGUCGCAGUAAUCGUGACCGUUUCGGGGUUCAUCAUUGGCACAACGCUCGGAUGGACAUCUCCAGCAGGACCGAUGAUGAAAAACAAACAGUACAAUUUUCCCGUGACCGAGGAAAACAUUUCGUGGAUCGCGGCGUUGAUGCCACUCGGCGCCAUGAUCGGUUGUCCAGUCAUGGCUGCCGUAGUGGACAAUUUGGGGCGCAAAAGAACGAUGGCAUUUUUGACCAUACCCACUAUCAUUGGUUGGGUCACGAUAAUAUGGGCAUCAUCUGUGACGUGGAUCUACGUCGGUAGAGCUCUGACCGGAUUCGCCAGUGGUUCGUAUUCCGUCAUCGUGCCCCUAUACACUUCGGAAAUAGCCGACAUGGAGAUCCGCGGCACGCUGGGCACGUACUUUCAGCUCCAAAUGUUCCUGGGAAUCCUGUACACCUACGUUUUCGGGUCGUAUGUCAACGUGUUCAGUCUGUCGACGGCCUGCGCACUGGUCCCGACGGUGUUCGCAUGCCUGUUGGUCCUGGUGCCGGAGAGCCCGAUCUAUUACCUGAUGCGAGCGGAUGUUGAGAACGCUCGGUCGUCGUUGAGAUACUUCCGCCAGUCCCUGGGCAACGUGGAGGAAGAGCUGGAAGCCAUGCAAGUGUCCCUGGUCAGAGCCGAGAGGGACAGGCUCACGCUGACAAAAGCAUUCCAAACGGCUCAGGCCAAACGAGGUCUGUCGAUCGGCCUCGGGCUCAUGGUGUUCCAACAGUUUACCGGAUGCAACGCAGUGAUUUUCUACGCGACGACUAUUUUCAACGUACGGACACGCGCAGUGGCGUACUUAGGAAUUUUAGGACAGGGGCAACACAUAUUUCCCCCUACCCCCAGUCAAAAGAAAAUGUCGUUACUAAUCAUUAUUAUUUAUUAAAACCUCUAUUAAUUGCUAGGUAUACAAUAUGAAUACAAAAUUCAAAUCUAUUUCUUCUUCGAUUUGGAACUAGCAAAAUCAUUAAUUAUUUUUUUUAAAAAUCUAUUGAAGUGGUUAUUUCGGCUUCGAUUGGUAAUACCGCUAAAGC